AUGGGCCGGGACCCUCCUCCGGUUGCUGAUGCCUUCGAGAGGCUACCAAUAAACGAAAGGAUCGAGGAAGAGGAUGUCCCCAACUACAAAGCAGAGAGGUUCUACCCUGUUCAACUAGGGAACGUAUUCCAGUCGCGAUAUAAAGUCGUCUCAAAACUCGGAUUCGGCACGGCAUCUACGAUCUGGCUUUGCCGUGAUCUCGAAAAAAAUGAUUUCAUCGCCCUUAAAAUAUGCAUCACUGGGAAGGAUACCAGUGACAUCGAUAACGAAGUGGCUAUCUCCGAGUAUCUUCAAUCCGUCGAUCCUGCCGGACACCCUGGAAAGGACCGUCUGCGUCUAGUGCAGGAUCACUUUCGGAUAACUGGUCCCCAUGGCACGCAUCAAUGCUUGGUCUUCGCGCCUCUGGGCCUAAGUUAUACCAAAUUUCGGAACAUUUUCCCUGAAAAGGCCCUCAACAAACUACUACUACAGCAGUCCUUGCAGCUAGUUCUUCUGGGCCUCGAUUUCCUCCACCAGGCCGGCGUCGUGCACACAGACAUAUCACCAAACAACAUCCUCCUGGGCGUUCCGGACCCUUCUGUAUUCUCAGAAAUUGAAAAGGCCGAGCAGGAACACCCAGCAGCUCGCAAAGUUCUCCCAGAUCGAACAAUUUAUCGCACCAGUGUGAUGCCCCUCACAUAUGGGGCUCCGGUAAUUUGCGACUUCGGUGCGGCGAGGAUGGGCGACGGGAAGCACCACGGGGACGUCAUGCCCGGCGUUUAUAGAGCGCCUGAGAUAAUUAUGGGCAUGGAAUGGGAUUCGAAGAUAGAUAUAUGGUCGGUUGGAGUAAUGAUCUGGGAUCUGUUUGAACGCGGUCGUCUGUUUCGCGCCGUGAAAGACGGACAUCUCAACGAUGAGCUACAUCUUGCAGAGAUGGUCUCUCUGAUGGGGCCGCCUCCGAAGCAAUUCUUGGAGCGAAGCGAGAAGUGCCGCCAGUACUGGGAUGGCGAAGGGAAUUGGAUUGCGGCCACGCCUAUUCCCGACCAGACCCUCGAGUCACGCGAAAUACGACUGGAAGGGAAAGAUAAGGAGUUACUCCUUACCUUUGUGCGCAAGAUCUUGCGCUGGCUCCCAGAAGAGAGGCCCUCUGCGGAAGGGAUUUUUGAGCAUGAGUUUUUAACUCAACACUACGAGAAAAGUUGA